AUGGCCCCGCUGGACCUGAGGAUGCCCAGGAGCCGCCUGCCCCUCCUCCUGCUCCUGCUGCUGGCAGUGCGGCCCAGUGAGGAGCAGGUGUCCGUUCUAACUGAAACUGUUGCAGUUGGUUCUGCAAGCACACCAAGCAGCAGUAAGGAGAAGGCCCCGGUGGUGGUCUGCCGUCCCAUUGAAUACCUUCUGGAGAUUCAAGUCCAGACCUCUGAUUUUGAGGAGUUCAGGAACCUCCAGAACACCUUGAAGCUCCCCACAGCCCUCUCUGAGACCAGCAACAUCACCGGCCUCAACACCACCACAGUAUGCGCCCUGGUCGCAGAUAGAUUCCAGUGUGAGUGCGAGAGUACGUUCUUCUGGCCGUUACGCAGCUGCCAGCUGUAUGGAAGCUGUGGACAGCCGGAAGCCACCUGUACCUGUCUCACAUCCCUGCCAACUGAUGGUCUCUUCUGCCAGCCCAGAUUCGAAUGGCUGUACGAGGUGGAAUUGGGCAUCCCUGGUUCCCUGGAGAUGGCGGCAGCGUCUCUGGCAGUCGCCAGGCCAAUGAUCAGAGGGAUCUCCGUUUCUGGUUCUCAGCUCAGCCCAGUUCUGUUUCUGACAGAGGUUAACCUCACCACAGUGUGCACCUCACCAACCGACAGCAGCAUGAAGUGCCAGUGUGAGGGGGAGUAUGGCUGGUCAUGUGAACAGUGUGAGACCUAUGGCGUGUGCACCAGUAAAAAUACAACAGAUCCUUGUGGAUGCAUCAAUGGAUUUCCUGCUGAUGGACAGCUCUGCCAGCCAAUCAUAAGUGAGCCUCUCUUCGUGUCGUACGGCAACGCCUACACCUACUCCUGCCCCAGCUGCUUCCCUUGA